AUGUCGAAGGAUGAGCCAGAGGCGAUCCCCGAUCAGAAUGAUUUUGAUGAUUUGGAUGAGGAUCUUGGAUGGUCAUGCAAUUACCUGAUGGUUUGCAUCCUUCUGCCUCUCUUCAAUGGCUUCAUCAAUGGCUACUCCUGGUCUGGUCUUGCUCUUCAUUACCAGGACAUGGGCUGGCCCAUUGAGAGGGCUGGCACCGCAUGUACCAUCGGCUUUGGUUUGCGACUGGUCUUCCAGCAAGCUCAAAUGCGCGCAGGCUUUUGGGUGGUGGUGCCUUUGGGGCUUUUCCACUUGGCGACAGCUAUCCUGGGCACCAUCUAUACCACCCAGGAGUGGGCAGUGAUCCUCGAGGUGGCGACCUUUCAGUGCUUGGACCCUUCCAUCACCAUCGAAGGCAUUGCCUUCGACGUCUUUGGGCUGUCAGAGACCAUGGCGCGGCAAGCGUCCUCCACGGUGCUGGCCGUUUUCACCUUUGCGGUGGCUGGAGCGGUGACGAUCGGUGGGAUCAUCUACGACUUCGCGGGAUGGCAAGGCAUGUCGGCAUUCCAUGCGAUUUGCCAGUUGAUCGUCUUGUCGCAACUCGUGGCUCAGCCAGUGGUCCGGAAGUCCUUCUGGGAAUUCUUUAAGAAGGAGAUGGUCAAGGAGACCGAAUCCAAUGCAUUUGCGCUCUCAGUCGUACCUGCACCGAAGCAGAAUCCAGCACAGGACCUGCACGCCCUCCAGCUUGAAGAGGUUGACGCGUUGCCAGGAGCAGUGCCAGAUCAGAACGAGCGAGACAUCGAAGAGGGCAGAAAAACAGGAGGCUCCCAAUUGAACCAAGCCAGCAAAGAACCAGCCAACACUGCAGAGUACCAGCCUCAAGGCUCGUCAUUUGGACACGGCAGAGAAAGCAAGGCUUCGAGUCAGCGUAGCUCAGCCAUGAGCGAUCCGGAUGGUCCAACGGGCCGUCCAGGCCGAGAGAGGCACACACGAGGCUCUGUCCGGACCACCCAAACGCGCAAGACCGGCGCCAGCCGCGGCACCCGCGGCACGCAGCUCAGUGGAAGAUCCGCGCUGACCGUCCGGUCCGCGAUGAGCGGUCGCACGCAGAGGACGGCUCUGUCGCGGCUGACCAACAUGAAGGAUUCCGACAACUUCCAACACCAUUUCAUGGCCAGCAACGUUCUACGUCCCACCAUCGCGCAGAGAGCUGGACCAGGGCCCGAGGAGGAUGUCGAGGAUAAGACCAGGUCGAAAGCAGUUCCCAAGGAUUUGCGAAUCCCAUUGACCUUGAUCGUCAUUUGCUGCUUUUGCAACUACGCCUGCUACGUGAUCGAGUUCUCCACCUUUGCCAUCUUCUUUAAGGCCUAUCAUGGCCGGGAAGCCGCCACUUGGGCGAGCCUGGCGCAGACGGCCGGCGAUUUGGUCGCCGCGGUGAUGAUGAAGCUGCUCCGGAGCGACGUCGAGGAGGUUGAGAAUCCUUCAUUCCUGCGACGCAUGACGAUGCAACCCUACAACAUCGUUUGCCUGCUCUUCUGCUGGAUCUUAUGCAAUCUUGGGAUGAUCAGUCCUUUGCUACCCGUGGCAGUGGCGGCGCAAGUGAUCAUGGGCACUGUCUUCGUCUACAUCAUGAAGAUGACCAAUGAUCUGAACCUCUUCUUCUCAAUGGGGGAUACCUCGCUCUAUCUCACACUUCAGGUCUAUUGCAAGAACGCUGAAGCGUGUGGGGGUUGCAUCUCCAGCUUCCUUGGACCUUUUCUCUUCGCAAGGGUGAAUCCUUUCUUCCCCUUCGUGGUCAGCACUGCCAUGUCCACGCUGACCUUCGUUCUCUUCACAGCAGGCUUUUGCCAGCGCGUGGGUUGCGAAGACAUCGAGACGGCCGAAGCUCAGCGCAGCCGACGGCUGGGAACCAAGCGUGUAAGCCACUGGAGUGUGGUCAGCCGCAAGACUACAGACGUUGGUCCCGUUGUUGCGGAGCUCCAUGAGAGCUGA